AUGGACGAUAUCAGAUUCGUCAUUGUUGUAAAAGAGUGCAUAGAUGAGACACCAGAUGAUUCCGCCAUGCCCAAAUCAAUAAUCGACCGGAUCUCAUCGGAUGGGGACAACAAAAUCGGGGAUGUGCCGUAUUGUUUUAUGUGGCUGAGAAGGACUCGACAGAAUGAGCAAGUUUACGAUCAGUACGUUGCUAUGUUGAUGGCUCACAGUGCAGUCGAACCCAAGGAUGUUGGCUCCAGUUUUGCGGAGACUCUGGUUGAGGUUUACCAGUCUGAUGAGCAUUUGUUUCAGAAAAUUUACUUCGUGUUCAAACAAAAUAAAAGCGAGAAUUUUCAGACUUAUUUGAAAAAAAUUAUUAAUUUUCUGGAAAAAAAGAACAUCGAAGGGCAACCUUUCUCUUAUCUGCUCAACUCUGCCAUUAAAAUUUCAAAAUUUUCAGACUUCAAAACUUUCGAAACAAAAAAAUUAUUGGAAUAUUUUAUUCAAGAAAGAGACAAACUGACGACUUCAUCUUUGUUGAAGCUGGGAUGCAGAUCCAGCCUGCAAACGUUCAUCUCCUCUUACGAUCACGCAUCAACUAAUCUUCUCCUGGACUUGACUACUCCCAGUCCCAAGGAACUGCUAGCAGAAGACAUCUUCCACCACAUCGUUCUCAGUUACCGUUACUCUCCCAACAAUUACAGCAAGUUGAAGAUAAUAUUCAACCGAAUAUUGAAACUUUACCCGGCGCAAGUGCUCACAAAACUCUUUAACACUCCGUCCGCCCGCUAUAAAAACUUGAAUGUCCUCGAGUACUCCUGCUACAUUCAGGCGCCCAAGAUGCUCGAACUCAUCCUCAACAGCGAAGGGGUCCUGAGAAGAACCUCCGAGAAGAUUAUUGGAUAUGACGUCAGCAACUUCAUACCGGAAACGAUGAUCGAUGACGAUGUAAGUCAGGAAGAACCUGCUGACAAUAAUAAAAAAGCACAGCAGAGUGACGCAAACAAUAAUAACGAAACGACAAAAUCUGGAGACGAGAACCCCACAGUGCUGGAAAUGACCUCCUUCUUGCCAGGUUCACCAUGUCCCCCUCAACCAGCAAGCAACUCCCCACAACCACCAUCAACCUGCCUGCUAGAACGCAUCAUAGCGACCUCUGCAGACGACGAACGACGAGCGGCCCUCUUGAUGCACGUUCCCCCAAUGAGGUACGUGGUCAGCAACUACGUGCUGGUCAGUCAGGUCAUCAGCGCUCUUCUCUUCCUGUUGCAAGUCAUCUACAUGAUCUGCUUCACUGCCUUCGUCAUCAGUGACGCUAAACUCAGCGUCAGUCAAGAUGACAGUUUUGAAGCUCGCAGCAAGAAAGGUAUCAACAGGUUAUAUCGCUUCUUCAUCAUCAUCCCUCCGCUCCUCUUCUUUAUUUACUCACUGAUCCAAGCAAACACGUUGAACCGUCUCAUAGAAGGAGCCGAUGAGAGUAAAAAAGGUUUCAAGCUGUAUAAACUCAAAAAUAUCUCCUAUUACGAGCUUCUACUCUUUAUUGGCUUCAUGAGCUGGCCGGCCCUCAAAGACGAUCUUUAUUUCGAAAUCUCUGUCGUUAUUUUGGUCUUGGGUUGGUUGAAACCAGCUUAUUAUCUUUCAUAUUAUCGCUAUUGGAGCGCAUUCAUCGUAGCUCUCAAGAGCUCAAUGACGAAAUAUUUGAUUAGUUUCGCUUUCAUUUUCACUUUUGUUUACAUUGGAUUUUCCAUGGCGUUCAGAGUUUUGUUGAUCAGGAGGGCAACCACCCCAGAUGAGGAAAAACCCAUGGAAACUGUCGCCUACAUGACCUUUGUCACUCUCUUUGGCAUGGGAGAACUUGAUCAGAUGCCCUCCGAGCACUCGACCGGCAGCAUCCUCCUGAUGAAGUUAACCGUCUGCUUGUACUGCAGCAGUCUGGCCAUCCUUGUCCUCGCCAUCAUCCGACAGCCAGACGAGGAGGUUGUCGUCAGGGUGGGCAGUGAACUGACCCCGAGAGUCAAUUUGAAAUUCAUAAAAGAAGUCGCAUGGCUCAUCCUGCUGAAGAAGCAUUUGGACGACAAAAACAAACAAAGACAUUACAGCCGGCAACAACAACAACAAAAUGCCGAAACGAUAAAACCGUACCGAAGACCGCUACCGGGUGAAAAAUACGGUUCCGCUUUCUUCCAAUUCAGAAAAAUUCUCGGUUUAGAAUCUCGAGUUUUCAAAGAAGUCGGUAACCGUUACCACUUGAGACUGAUGAAGGAUGACGUAAUAGACCCGUCUGUCGGAAGUGACGAUGACGUCACAAGUGGAGAUGAUGACGUCAGAGAGAGAGGGAAAGAUGUUGAGGAUGUUGGAGUGAGCGGGGAGUUGGAGAAAGUGAAGAGUUCAGUGGAGAGGGUUGAGAAAAAGUUGGAGAUAUUGAUUGAGAGAAUUGGGAAGUUGUAG